AUGGCUUUGAAGGACACGGGCGGCGGCACCAUCCUCCCCAUUAGCGACAUGGUGUCGGCGUCCAGCUCGCCCGGCGGAGCGUCGGCUGCAGGCGUCGCCGCUGCAGCCGCCGCCGCCGCCGCCGCCGCCGCCCCGGGGCCCGGCGCGCCCUCCCCCUUCCCCGAGGUGGUGGAGCUGAACGUGGGGGGCCAGGUGUAUGUGACCAAGCACUCGACGCUGCUCAGCGUGCCGGACAGCACUCUGGCCACGAUGUUCUCCCCCGCCAGCCCCCGGGGCGGCGGCGUCCGACGCCGCGGCGGCGAGCUGCCCAGGGACAGCCGCGCGCGCUUCUUUAUCGACCGCGACGGCUUCCUCUUCAGGUACGUGCUGGACUAUCUGCGCGACAAGCAGCUGGCGCUGCCCGAGCACUUCCCCGAGAAGGAGCGGCUGCUGCGCGAGGCCGAGUACUUCCAGCUGGGCGACCUGGUCAAGCUGCUGGCCCCCAAGGUCGCCAAGCAGAACUCCAUCAACGACGAAGGCUGCCAGAGCGACCUGGACGACAACGUGUCGCAGGGCAGUAGCGACGCGCUGCUGCUGCGGGGGUCAGCGGCGGCGGCGGCGGCUCCCGCACCCUCGGGGACCGGAGCGCCGGGCGGUGGGAACCGCGCGGCGCCCGACAAGCGUUCGGGCUUCCUGACGCUCGGCUACCGCGGCUCCUACACGGCCGUGCGCGACAACCAGGCGGACGCCAAGUUCCGGCGGGUGGCGCGCAUCCUGGUGUGCGGGCGCAUCGCGCUGGCCAAGGAGGUCUUCGGGGACACGCUCAACGAGAGCCGCGACCCCGAUCGCCCGCCCGAGAAGUACACGUCGCGCUUCUACCUCAAGUUCACCUACUUGGAGCAGGCUUUCGACCGUCUGUCCGAGGCCGGCUUCCACAUGGUGGCGUGCAACUCCUCGGGCACGGCCGCCUUCGUCAACCAGUACCGCGACGACAAGAUCUGGAGCAGCUACACCGAGUACAUCUUCUUCCGGCCACCUCAGAAAACAGUAUCGCCUAAACAAGAACAUGAAGAUAGGAAACAUGACAAUGUUGCAGAUAAAGGAAGUGAAAGUGGUACUUCCUGUAAUGAGCUCUCCACAUCUAGUUGUGACAGCCAUUCAGAGGCCAGCACGCCCCAGGACAACCCACCCAAUGCGCAGCAGGCAACAUCCCACCAACCUAACACUUUAACAUUGGAUCGUCCUUCCAAAAAAGCCCCAGUGCAAUGGAUGCCCCCACCAGACAAACGCAGAAACAGUGAACUAUUUCAGACACUCAUCAGCAAGUCCCGGGAAACAAAUCUUUCCAAAAAGAAAGUCUCUGAGAAGCUCAGUGUGGAAGAAGAAAUGAAAAAGUGCAUUCAGGAUUUUAAAAAAAUCCACAUCCCUGAUUAUUUUCCAGAGCGCAAACGUCAGUGGCAAUCUGAACUGUUACAGAAGUAUGGGUUAUAGUAAUGAUCACAUGCUUGCAGUAUUUCAAUGACAUGUCAAUGUUUACUACAGUGUCACCGCCUGACUAUGUCCUAACAAUGGUCAGUGUGAUUCUAGCUGCUCUUCUUUUCUUGUGUGAACAGUGGAUGUGGGACACUAUUUUCUUUCCAUUUCAUUUGAUUCCUGUUUAUAGAUAUAUG